AUCACACACCACAUCUUCAAUUCCUUCUCUCUCUCUCUCUCUCACAAGAAAUUUUAUCAUAGAAAUUGUGAGCAUCUCUUAUUAUUAUUAGAUCAAUUGAAAAAAUAUAUAGAUGGAGAAUUGUAGCUAUGAGAAAGUAGGUUUGAACCUUGAGGCAACAGAGUUGAGGUUGGGUUUGCCAGGCAGUGCUGAUGAACAUGAUGAGAAACUCUCAUCAUGUAGUUACUCCUCAUCAUCAUCAUCAAGUGUUGUUAUUAGAAGCAAGAAGAGAUCUUCACCUGAAGAAUCCAUUGAUGAUGAGGAAGAGCUCAAAAGCAACAAGAGAACCAUGAUUUCUCAUCAUAAUGAUGACCAAGACAAAAAUGUCCCACCCUCAAAAGCACAAGUAGUAGUGGGGUGGCCACCAAUUAGAUCUUACAGGAAGAACAAUGGUGUACAACAACAACAACAAGAACAAAAGAAGAAGGGAGAAGAGGUGUAUGUGAAAGUGAGCAUGGCAGGUGCACCUUACUUGAGGAAGAUUGAUCUCAAUUUUUACAAUACCUACCAACAAUUACUCUUGGCUUUGGAAAAUAUGUUCAACUGCACUUUUGGUGAAUAUUCAGAAAGAGAAGGCUACAAUGGAUCUGAAUUUGCUCCAACUUAUGAAGACAAAGAUGGUGAUUGGAUGUUGGUUGGAGAUGUGCCAUGGAACAUGUUCAUUUCUUCCUGCAAGAGGCUAAGGAUUGUGAAAGGAUCAGAAGCUAAGGGAUUGGGUUGUUUAUGAAGCAUGGAGUAAUUAAAGCAUUGAAAUAGUGGACCAUGAGAAUUGAAUUCCUUGUUUGGUUUGUGCCUAUGUGAGAGGUCAUAAUAGUAAUUACCAAUUAGCUAGCAAGGUGCCAUAGCCCAUAUACAAACCCUUGCUUCUUCAUUGACUAUGGAUGCUUUUAAAAAAUCCCCAAAACAAAACAAAAAAAAAAAUGAAGAAAAGCAAAUGAUGUUACUUUAAUUGUACAGAUCAGAGAGGGUGUAUGAUAUCAUAUCUCAUUUUGUCCUACAACACAUUAUAUAUGUUUUAUGUACAAAUUCUUAUUAUAUGUAUAAAAGUUGGAUCUACGAGUUGUAACGUUUUUUUUUUAAUAAACAAAAUUAAUGGUCUGA